CCUCGCUCUAAUUCCAUUGAACCAUUCCGAAUUCAAGUUGCUUUCCUCCACGCGUCUCCAUCAUCGCCAUCAUCAUCAAAAAACGACACCAUCGCGGCGCCCAGCCUUUGCGCCAACGCUUGCUUCAGCCCCAACCGCUGUCGCACCAAGUCGCCGACCCCGGCUUGCGCUGCACCGGUUCUGCUCGUCUCCAAUAGAAACAGUAAUAGAAACCGUCGCCGACCGGUUUCUCUCGUCACUGCCUCGAAAUCUCCAUUCCCAUCCAUCAACUACCGAGAACAAUCAAAGAACGAUCGAAGAACGAUCGAAGAGAGAAAGCGUCAAAAACUAACCGGCGCAGCCGCACACCUUUUGAACCCCCGGGCUGGUGCCUUGCGUCAUAUCUUUUACGUCACUUUCCGUCAAGUCCAUAUCGCCUGCCUCCCUCGGUCAAUCCAGCUGCCACGUAAACCACCCAACGAUGGCUCGUCGUCCGGGUCGUGCAGCCGCUCGGCGUGCUGCUGCGAAGAUGGAGAGCACUCCCCGGACCUUUGACGAGAUGGAAGACGAGACUAUGCCAGAUGCAGACGCCUCCGACCGCGAGCCCCAGCCUGAUCCCCAGCCCGAGCCCGAGAACGAGCCCGAGAACGAGAACGAAGAGUCUGCCGGAGAAGAGCAAGAGGAAAAUCAAGACUCGGAUGGGCCUUCUGCCAAGUCGCCAUCCCCGCCCCCACAACAAGUCGUUCGACGGCGUCGGCUCGGUCGCCCACCUAAGAAUCGCCCUGCCGACUGGGACUCUCUCCCCAUCGAACCUCCCCAGCGGGAUCCGAACGAUACCCCUAGACGUCGUGGUCGCGGCGGCUGGAGGGGUCGCGGUGGUCGCAAGGGUGCCUCGUUUCAGCCUACACAGCAAGCUAUCGAUAAAGAGGGCAAUGUUAUGGACAUUGUUGACGAUGAGCUCGCAUUGCCAGAGGACCCCGAAGGCGAGACCAAGGUCGACAAGAUGGGCCAUCUGCAGGGAGGUCGUGAGUAUCGGUGCCGCACAUUCACCAUCGCUGGUCGUGGAGAGAGACUCUACAUGUUGUCUACGGAACCCGCUCGUUGUGUUGGUUUCAGGGACUCCUAUCUCUUCUUCACCAAGCACAAACGCCUAUACAAGAUCAUCGUUGAUGACGAGGAAAAGCGUGAUAUGAUUGAUCGCAGCAUCAUCCCGCAUUCGUACAAGGGCCGUGCUAUUGGAGUAGUAACUGCGCGGUCCGUUUUUCGAGAAUUCGGUGCCCUCAUCGUGGUCGGAGGCAAGAGGAUCAUUGAUGACUACGAGGUCACCAAGACCAGAAACGAAGGCGUCGUCGAGGGGGAGAUUGCCGACCCUAACGACAGAUUUGUUGUGGGCGAGGCAUACAACAAGAAUCAAUACGUCGCCUGGCAUGGUGCGAGUGCCGUUUACCAUUCCAAUGCGCCAUCCCAGCCCGCCCAAAGCGGCAAGGUUGACAUCAAGAAGAGACGGGUGAACGUGAACGAUGUCAAUUGGCAGCUCGAGCACGCUCGUGAAGCAAGCCGCUUCAAUGCUGAAUUGGCUGCUGUUCGCCGCCAGAACCUAGCUGGAGUCUACGAUGUCCACACUAACAUAAUGCAAUACCCUGCCAUUAUGCAGCCUACUCAUGCGCGAGUCGAACAGGUUACAGAGUCGUCUAGUUCUACUGACGCUGACGUUGACUUGACCUCGCAUCCUCACUUCCCCUCUCUCGACCCUAGGAUUCCUCGGAAUUUUACCGUCAUCGAUACAUACAUGGAGACGCCACCCGCAAGCCUGUCCUCAGCAGUCUAUGAGAAACGAGAAGUCCCCGCUUUCCUUGCCGAAUUUCAGGGUUUGGGGGCUGUGUCGAGUGACAUCCUCGAAGAAUUGCCUGCCGAAUGUCGAGAAGCGUUCGAAAAGGCCCUGGAACAGGAGAAGGCAUGGAAGGCAACAUGGGGCACGGAAAAGUCGAUGACCCACAGGAGAGACCCUAUCAUCGAUGCUGCCAUCGUCCCGUACUCUAAAAAUCCAACUCAAGCUUAGGCAUUUUCGUGCCACACUGCCUACCUCAGAACGGUCUUGGGGGGCCUGGCGUUACGUAGUGGGUAUGUAGGGCUCUUUUUGUACGAGUAAUGAGACGGCGUUUGAUUUGGGGAAACCUUUAGAUUGGCAGGUAACGAACUGUACCGCCUCCUAUUCAGUAGUAUCUAGUUUAGGGAAUGGAGGCGAGAGCGCAGUUUACAUGCGUUUGAGACAAGGACACUGGAAUAGCGAAUGUGUGAUGAAAAGGAAGAGGUGAGGAUAUACCUAGAUAAUACCUAACUUGGUAGAUGAAUUCCUUGCAACAUGUACCUCGUAAUACCACUGAGUAUAGG